AUGGUGCGCGAAGAUCUUGUCAGCUCUGCAGUAAUCCUUCAGGACCCAUCCGUGUCGAAUUCUCCCCAGGAUAAAAAGAUUGCGUUCUUACAAGCGAAAAAUCUCACGCAAGAAGAAGUAGACCUUGCCUUUUCGCGGGCAGGAAGCUCCGUGCCAGUCCCCCAACAGACGAGCCAAUAUGGAUUCCAAAGUCAACCUAUGCCAAGAGCCAGAUUGAGCCCUAGCUACGGACACGGACACGGUCCAUAUCAAGCUGGGCCAUGGGGCCCUUCACCGCCACCGCAACGAGAUUGGCGAGAUUGGUUUAUAAUGGCCACUGUAACAAGCGGAGUUGGCUAUGGCCUCUACACUGUGGCAAAACGAUAUAUCCUACCUCUAAUAGCACCGCCAACCCCACCUCAACUUGAACAGGACAAAGCAGCAAUUGAUGAAUCUUUCGAAAAAGCGUUUGCUUUGAUCGACCAGCUCGCUUCAGACACAGCAACGCUUAAAGCUUCAGAGGCAGACCGUCAAGAGAAGCUUGAUACUACCCUUAAAGAUGUCGACACCGUAAUUGCAGAUCUCAAGGCAACGAACGCAAGAAGAGAAACAGAGAAUAGAAUAGCUGCUGAUCAAAUCCAAGGUUUGAAAGAUCUUGUACCGAGAGCAUUGGAGGGCUGGAAGGCAAAUGGAGAUGCAAGACUUGACGAAUUGUCACAAGAAAUGCAAAGUCUUAAGAGACUCUUAGAGAACAGAGUCGGCAGGUCUGCAGGCACUUCGACGCCGAUUGGCAGAGGCUACCCAACUCCAUCCACUAACGGAUCAGAGAAGUCGAGGGAGAAUCAAUCAAGCACAUCGCCGGCUGAAGGAGACACCGUGUCAGACACACAGACAACGAAGGUCGAGUCAUCGCAACAAAAACGAGGAUUACAAGGCAGUGAACGAAAGGCCGCUAUACCAGCAUGGCAACUUGCAGCUGCUGGGAAAAGCAAAGAAGACAGCACAGCCGAUGCAAGCGCCUAG